CUUACGCCUCGCCGCACUGCACGCAACGCCGUUACCCGGCAUCUGCACACUAGCCUCAGUUGGGAGAGCCAAGCAUCUGGUGAUGGUAACUCUCUGCUUGUAAGACGCUGUUCUGUAUUCAUAUAAAGGGCAUGGGGCCCCGAAGUAUCUCUGACUGGAUAUCAUCUUGAUCACCAAACAUCCACAGCGAAAGCCUUCGAACACAGACUCAUCAAUCACGGACAUUCCAAGUAAACAUCAUCACAUCAACAAGCAGAUGACUACUCCUGCUACUCAGGUCUCGAGCAGUACUGAAGCUUUUGGUCCCCCAAGUCGUUCAAAUACCGGAAGUUCUACUUUUACGACCUGCUCACAGAUUGAGUCGCCUUCCGAGGUCAUUGACCCCUCUCAGCCAAGCAACACACGACCAUUCAGAUCUACAGCUUCAGGCUUAUCAUCGAUAGCAGAGCAGAGCUUCUUAGGUGCUCUGUCCUCUCGAGUUCGAGGUCGCUCGCGAAACCGCUCGCAAACUUCGUCUCGCAAUCAGUCCAGAUCUCCGAUGCCUCCACCUAGCAGGAUGGCUUCAGACAGAAUCCUAUCAUCCUCACCAGUGAGACCUCGUGCCUCGCGCCAGCAAUCAGAGUAUAGUGGAUCAACUCUGGUCAGUGACCAUAAAGUUCCAAAUCGCCAAACCACAUCCGACUCCCACCAGUCAUCGCACUCUCGUGAGAACUUCCACUGGCAAGGGAGACACUCCAACUCUUGGCUCUUCAACGACUUCAGCGUUAUCGGCACUAUCAAAAGUGUAACAAGGAGGAACAGAAGGGUCUCUUAGCCUGUCCCAGAUAAGAUAAGAGCACUGGUGCUCCCUGUUUUCUUGGAUGCUGCUAGGUCUUUUGACGACGCUA